AUGCGUGCGUUCGUACCAAGUGAUUUAGGUGGAAUUGAUGGUGCACACAAGAAUGUUACCGUCAAUGGAACGACAAAAACCGUGCACUUGUUUCUUGGAGUCCCUUAUGCAAAGCCUCCGGUUGGCCGUCUGCGCUUUCAGAAACCGCAACCAUUUUUAAAUUUCACGACAGAUUCGACCAAGUACAACGGAAACUACUUCCGGAGCGCAUGCGUCCAUUUCGUGGUCAGUAAACCUGUUUUUACAAACCAGUCAGAAGAUUGUAUAUACUUGAAUAUAUACAAACCUGCAAAAGCAAAUAGUCUCGCGGUUAUGAUUUGGAUUCACGGCGGCGGCUUCACUUCCGGUUCAGGUGACCAGCUCAACAUGGAGUACUUGGCUGCAUUUGGUAAUGUCAUCGUCAUAACAUUUAAUAAUCGUGUUGGUAUAUUUGGCUUCUUCAGUACUAUGGAUCAAAAUGCCAAGGGUAAUUAUGGUUUGUGGGAUCAAAGAUUAGUGUUUCAAUGGGUCAAGAAACACAUCCAUGCCUUCGGUGGAGAUCCUAAUAGAAUAACAAUCAUUGGUCAGUCCGCCGGUGCUGUCAGCUGUUCUAAACAUGCAAUGUCAGAGAUGAAUCGCAAUUUGUUUCAGAGAGUGAUCACGCAGAGUGGUAGUUCAAUGUCCGUGUUAAACGAUAUGUCUGUUGAUGCCCGACUUAACGCCAUAAAGCUUGCAGAAGACGCCGGAUGCCAAAUUAGCAAAGAAGAUUACAACAAUGAAGGCAAACUAGCAGACAUAGUACAGUGUGUAAGAAAUAUGGACGUACCAAAGAUAAAGGACGUAAUGAUAACAACUAGGAACAAAAAAAAAGUCGAGAGAUUACCAGUAUUCUUGCCAGUUGUCGACGGCGACUUAAUAAAGGUUGAUCCGAAAGAUGAGAAAAAGUUAGAAACUGAAAAUAACGAAGGUCUUCAAUUCUUUGGAUCACUGGAUUUUUUGAACGGAAUCACGAAGUGGGAGGGUGUUUCAUUGAUGCAUGUUAUACAAAAUGACAUUAAUGAUUUAUACAAAUCUCAACCUCGUCCGGAAACCAUUAAAAACUGGUUUACUCCAUCAUUGAUUAAAUCUAUUUUCAAACGAAGGUUUCCAAAAGAAAUUCAACAGUUGGUUUUGAACAGGUAUACGAAUUGGAAUGACCCGUUAAGUCCAAACACAGUUCGGGAACAAAUACUACAAUUCCUCGGCGAUGUCGCAUACAAUGUUCCCGCAGUUCGUGCUACCCGUGAACACUUCAAAUACGAGUAUGAUACCGGAUCUGGAAACUACCUUUAUCACUUUGUAGCUGAGCCGUCCGCUUAUGUCAUGGAAACUCCCUUCUGGACAGAGGGUGCCACACAUGCAGACGACCUAUUGUUUUUACUAGAAAUGGACAACUUCGACAACUACACAGACUGGCAGCGACAACUAUCGGUCUCGAUGAUGAUGUAUUGGGCGAACUUUGCGAAAACCGGGUACGUAUUGUAA